AUGGCUGGUCUUAUGUUGUUAUGUUCAGUGCUUUCCAUAAUUUUUAGCUCAGGUUUUCCUCAUUCUUUCAAUAAUCUCUCUUCUCAUCAACAAGAACAACAAGAAUUGCUCUUGCAAUUCAAAGCUGCCAUUUCCCACAAGGACACUGCUCUGUCCGACUGGACUCCCCUACAACCUUUCUGCAACUGGUCUGCCAUAACCUGCCAUUCCUCAUUUCACUCUGUCCGUGCCGUCAAUUUAACACAAAUGAGUUUAGACGGCACUAUUUCUCCUGUCCUAGGGAACCUCUCCUCCCUUCGAUCCCUUGAUCUCUCCUAUAAUAACCUCACUGGCAACAUUCCAACUCAACUCAGUCAACUCCUACAUCUACGGAUACUCUGGCUUAACAACAAUCAAUUACAAGGAACCAUUUCUCCAGUGCUGGGGAAUCUCUCCUCUCUUCGAUCCCUAGAUCUCUCCUUCAAUACACUCACUGGUACCAUUCCUCCUCAACUCAGCAAACUCCAAAAUCUGCGGAUGUUCUGGCUGAACGAGAAUCAAUUACAAGGAACCAUUCCACCUGCUCUCUCUGCUUGCCGCAGUUUGAAUUACCUGGCACUCUCCUUUAACCAAGUGCAUGGGAGCAUUCCUUCUGAGCUGAGCUUUCUCACAGAUUUAAAGUACCUCUUCUUGGGCGUUAACAGUCUCACGGGUACCAUUCCUAGCUCUUUAGGAAAUCUCUCCGCCUUAGUUGAAUUGGAUUUGAGCGCAAAUGAGCUCCACGGGCCCAUUCCUCCAGAAUUGUGCAUGCUCACUCACCUACAGGUUCUUAACCUUUAUAAAGAUAACCUAUCAGGUACCAUUCCCAGCUGUUUAACAAAUCUCACAAAAUUGAAUAUGGUAAGUUUAUCUAGAAACCGGUUAAGGGGACAUAUACCAUGGGAAAUUUGUACCAAGCUCUCCAAUUUGGUACUCCUCAGUUCAUGGGGUAAUCAGCUUAGUGGAAACAUGCCAAAUUCCCUUGGGAAUUGUUCCAGUCUUGAAAUGAUUUAUUUAAAUGAAAACCAACUCGGUGGAAUGGUUCCAAUGGAGCUGGGUAAGUUGAACCGUCUUACCCGGCUUUACCUACACUCAAAUCAACUUGUUAGUGACAGCAGUAAAACACUGGCCUUUGUCACUGCUCUCACAAAUUGCUCCCACUUACAAGAAAUAGAUAUGGCAAACAAUACUUUCACUGGUGUAUUGCCCCCAUUCAUAGGCCAACUGUCUUCAAAUCUCCAUAGAUUGAGUUUAUCAGAAAAUAUUAUAAGCGGAAGCAUACCGCAAGAGAUUUUCAAUCUGACAAACUUAACUUACUUAGGUUUAGACAAUAAUGUUUUCAGCGGCAACAUUCCGUCUGGAAUCAACAGAAUCCAUGGCUUGGAAAGGUUGCUUUUGGGAGGGAACAAAUUAGAAGGUAGCAUUCCAAGUGAGAUAGGUCAAAUGCAACAUAUGGGACUCUUAAAUCUUGGUCACAAUCAGUUGUCUGGUAAAAUACCAGAUUCUCUUUGCAGCUCCCAGCAGUUAAGACGUCUUUUACUGCAGCACAACAAGUUAUCAGGGAAGAUUCCUGUUAGUUUGGAAGGAUGUAAAAAUUUGGAGCUCCUUGACUUAUCUUACAAUAAACUAGAGGGAAGUACACCUGGUGAAGUCAUUGCCAGCCUUAAAAACCUGCAAAUCUACCUCAAUCUUUCAUGGAAUUCUCUACAAGGGUCGUUGCCACAGGAGAUGAGUAAAAUUGUCAUGGCUCAAGCCAUAGAUGUAUCUGGAAAUCAACUUACUGGGGUCAUUCCAAUUUCUCUAGGAGACUGCACAGGAUUAGAGCAUCUAAAUCUGUCCCACAAUGCCUUUGUAGGUCCAAUACCGAAUUCACUCUCCAAAUUAAAAAAUCUCCAAGAAAUGGAUCUUUCUUUCAAUAAUUUGUCGGGGCAGAUUCCACAAGAAGGCUUGUUUCCCAAUAGAACUGUUGCAGUAUUGCUUAUGGAGAACCCUGGCCUAUGUGGCCCAAAAAAUUAUUCAUUGCCUCCAUGCCCAACUCAGAUCCAGGAAAAGCAUUCCCUGCUCAUAAAAAUAAUUUUAUCAGUUGUUGGAACCAUUGGAUUUGUAUUAUGUUGCUUCAUUAUAGGAAUUGUAUGGAGGCAUAAACUUUCAAGAAAACUAGUUCGUUCCUCGAGCUUUAUUUUUGGAAGGCUCAGCUUUCAAAAAUUUUCUUUUCAAGAUCUUAUCAUAGCAACAUCUGGAUUUGACGAGUCAAACUUGCUUGGAAUGGGUAACUUUGGAUCCGUCUACAAAGGCAUCUUGAGGGAUGGUGAGAUAAUUGCCAUAAAGACUCUUAAUUUGCAAAAUGAAGAAGCUCUUAAGAGUUUCAAGAGAGAGUGCAAAAUGUUAGGGAGGAUUCGGCACCGUAACCUCAUCAGAGUCAUAAGUGCAUUUUUCUACCCUGACUUGAAAGGUUUGGUUCUUCAAUUUGCAUCUAAAGGGAGCCUGGAAAAACAUUUGCACCCUGACAGGGAUGACGAAGGCUUUUCUAUAUUCAGAUUCAGUGAGUGUUUGAGCAUUGCUGUAGAUGUAGCCCAUGGCAUGGAAUAUUUACAUCAUGAUUGUCCCCUACAAAUUGUGCACUGUGAUUUAAAGCCUAGCAAUGUGCUCUUAGAUGCCAACAUGACAGCCCUUGUCGCUGAUUUUGGUAUAUCUCGUUUAACUAGUACAAAUUCCAUAGAUUCACUCAGUACAGCAACAUUUGCAGUCAAGGGGUCCAUCGGGUAUAUUGCUCCAGAGUAUGGAUUGGGUGGGAAUGUUUCUGUAAAGGGAGAUGUUUAUAGUUACGGAAUUUUGAUAUUAGAGAUGGUUACAAGGAAGCGGCCAAGUGAUGACAUGUUUGUAGGAGACAUGAGCUUGCAAAAGUGGGUGAGUUCAGCUUUUCCAAACAGAGUGGCAGAAAUUGUUGAUAGCGCGCUACUGAAAGAUGUGAAUGAAAACAUGGAAGACAAUAAAUGUCUUAUUUCAUUCAUUCAUGUUGGUUUACUUUGUAGUGGUGAAUCACCAAGAGAAAGACCUUCCAUGAGAGAUGUAGCCAAAGCCUUAGAGAGCCUGAAGACACCUCUGAUCGGAGGUGCAGCUGCUUCCAAUUUAACAGCCACUAUAUCAGAACUCCUGGACAAUACCAAUCUCACAGGAACAUUGGCAUCUGAUAGUCAAAGUUCUUCAUUUUAG